AUGUCUCGUGCUGCCGACCUUCAAGGAUCGCCCCCCAAGCAGGAAUCCUCGCAUCAGGAGGGAAGGAAGAUUUCCAAGAAUGAAAAGAGGCGUAUUCGGAGGAAACUCAAGAUGGACGCCAAGCCCGAGAUGAUCAAGCAAGAGCACCCCGAGAUCGUCAAACAAGAACAGCCCAUCGUCAAGCAAGAGCAGGUCGAGUGCUCGGCAGGCGCCAACGCCGCUAUUGACUACGACUUUGAGAGCGAGUGGGAGGGCUUCCCUGACCCGCCCGCUCCGGCUACGAACCUAAGUGCCGUCGUCUCGCAGUCCAGCGUAGGCAGCGGCGUCGUUGUCGACAAACCGGGGAUCGAGGGCAAAUUGGGCGUCGGUGCGUUGCAGGAGAGCAUCGCGAACCAGUUCCCGGGCGAGCCCCGCCCGGCUACCCACGUCCUCCUGGAUCUCCUCGACGGUCCUGUGCUUCGCGGUCUUGCGACCCCCUCCCAGCCGGGCAACCACACCGUCCACCAGCUCGCCCUCGCGACGCGCCUCUGGUUCGACAAUUACAGGGGCAAGCAGGUCCGCUUGGGCGUCGUGCGCAAGAACAAGGACCCCAUUAUCGACAUGUCCGGCGGCCACCGAUACGGUAUCCUCUGGAUCCGAGCCAUCGGCGGAAACCCAUCCCAGCCGGAACAGAAACCCACCAAGUUUCUGGGAAUACAAGUUGUCACUGCGGAUAUCCGCCAGUACGAGAAGGAGUACGCAAAGAAGAACGGCGGCAGCCACUGA